GAUUGAACUUUGAAAAUGGAACGAUUUGUUACUUUUCGUGUGCUGAUGCACCAAACAAGCAAAGCAGCGGCCUCAUCUAGUAAUACAAGCCGACUACCCGCAACACCCAGUGCGCCUGAUAGCGGAAAAUCGAUGGCUGUCAAAACCGAUAUUGUGAACUUGAGAAUGCCGUUCCCUUCACGUUUUGAUAUCAUACCGAAGCUUUUAAGUGUGCAAAUGAUAUUGAGGGAGAAAUUUGACAUUCCUGACCGAUUCAAGGCUCAUGUGUACAUUCGAGUAGAAGAUUCUGGUCUUCAGAAAUUCCAGUCCACUAAUGAUGAAGCGACGUGGCAAAGUGUUGUUCAAGGGUUGCUUCUUACUCCUGACUGUAGAUUCGUUGAUAUGCUCAUUUCGCCCAAGCAUCAUUUCAAACAAGAUCAACACCCAAAUUUGGAUUUUGAUUCGUUUUUCAUUACUAAUUGCGAAAAUUUGCCUCUCGAUCUUCAGCCAAUACCAGAAGAAUUCGAAACGAUUACAAAUACUUUCCCAGAAAACUUGGUUCAGGAACCAGUAGCGUUGGAAACGAUGAGAGAGUUGCCGAUUUUUAUCGAGCAAUCGAAUGCUACCGGAGGUCCGAUUUUAAGUGAUAGUGGCGAUAAUCCCGCGCAACCUGCUGGAACCUUGCCACAGGAUGAAGCUCCUAUGAAUCAGGUUGAAGAAAUUAAAAUGAGUGACACUGUUCAAGAUGAUCAUAAGCAAAACACUGCGAACUAUUCAUUUGCAAACGGAACUUCUGUUAAUCACGAACAAGAUUGCGCGUUUUUGGAAUCGAAAGAAAAGGAAAUAAUUGGCUUAAUGAAGCGUAGUUUGCCGCAUGUUGGAAAACAAAUGACAUCGGAGGCUGUGAUUGACACGAAUUUCAGAACUAUCGAAUACGAGAAAGCGAGGGCGGUUGCAACCGAUACUGUUCAAAUGGCAGAAAAUGGAAUAGAGCAACCGCCAUUCUUUGAUGCUAAGAUCAACUUCGAAAAAAGUUCGACAAAUAAUCCGAACGAGACUCUUUCUACUGUUGCAGAAAAAAGCUCUGAAAUUGAAAAGGAGACUGAACAAAUUACUCCUAUAAGCGAUGCUUUAGAACCAUGUGAAACUAAACCAAUGAAAGGCACUGAAGCUGAUCUGAACAAAACCGUUGAAGAAACACAGGAUAAAGAGUUUGUUUCGGCUAGUACGAAUACAUAUGCAACUGAAACUAGUCAAAUGGUCAGGGUGGAUCAAAUAGUACCAUAUGAAACUUCGAUUUUUUCAGUUACAAACGAAUUGACAGAAACAGUGAAAAGUUCAGCCGCUUCAAAAGUUGUCAUAGCCGAGGAAAAUUUUGGCAACUUUGCUGAAAUCACCGAACAAAAGCCAAAACUUGAAUCCAGCGAUAUAUUAUGUGAAAGUCCCAUGGAAGCAAUUGUUGAAAGUAAGUUUUUGGCUAUUUUUGACCAAUUGAGUCAACACAAAGCGAAGAUUCAAUCAGUAGUGAGUAAAUUGAGUACCAGUUCGACUGAACAAGAGCGUGAAGAAACGAAAUCUAAGCUGAACAGUUUCUUAGAAGCUUCUAAGUUUGAUUUUGAGCUCAAUUUGAUGAACAGCUUUAUGGGUGAUUUCUCUCAGCUGCGAGAAAAAGAGAAGAAGUUGGCAAGCAGCGCAUACUGUCUUAAAAAAGACAGAGAAGAAAUAGUUUUAGGCUUGAAGCACUUGAAAAGUUCUUUCGACAGUAUGCGCAGUUCAGUUGAGAAUCUGAAUGUACAGAUGGCUCUAUGUUCUGAAAAUAUGGAGUCGUUCUGCGAAAUUCUGGAAGCUAAACUGGAUAACUGGAGUGCAAAAGAAGAAGCGAUGGAAAGUGUCUUUCAAAGUACGACUCUGAAAAGAAAGUUGACAUGCAAAGAGGAGGCUGAAAUUGGAGAGAAAGUUCAGACAGUUAUGGAAUCUUAUCCGGCUGCAGAUGGAAAGUCGAAACCGCUUCCUUUGUUCGUUGAAGGCAAUCACAAUGCCGUUGAUGUUGCAGACAGAAGAAUGAAGGACCAGGAGCAUAAUUACAUUGUGAAAAAAGCGAAAGGAUCUGAGGAUUUUGCAACCCCUGCCUGAUUGUUGGCAUUUGGUUGAAUUGAAAAGCAGUUUGAUUGAGCUUAAAUUCAAAUUGAACGUACUCGAAAUUUUGAAUGAAAAGUUUUUUCAUUUACUUAGGUAAAUUGUUUUAAUUUGAUUGCAAUCAGCUAAAUUCUCAUUGCAAUCAGGUGCUUUCUGAAAUUUUCUAGAAAGUUGAUGAUGAGAUUAAUCUUUGAUUUUGAUGUUUAAAGAUGUUGUUUUUGUGAUACUCAAGCUGAGCUAGUUGACUUUAAUUUUAGUA